GUGGGUUGGUGCCACCGGACCAACCGCUCAUGGUUGCAAAAGUUGGAGACUUUAUUAAUUUGAACUUUGAAGAGAUUUCAAACGGCGUCAAUGGCGUCCUGUCAUACCUUAGCUACAUUAUCUUUUAUAAACCCGUUGCCAUCUCACAAAAACACAACCCCCAUUGCCAACCUCAAAUCCCAAGAAAGGACCUUACAAUCUUCACUGGUGGGCAGAGCAAUAAUCAUUGGUAAAACAAUGAGCAGCAAGAUUGGAACAACAUCUAGCUCUGCUUCUGCUUCAUCUACUCUUCCUUCUGCUCUUCUCUUCGAUUGCGAUGGUGUGCUUGUCGACACGGAGAAGGACGGUCACCGGAUUUCUUUCAACAACACUUUCAAAGAGAAAGAAUUGGGUGUUACUUGGGAUGUCGAUUUAUUCGGUGAAUUGCUUAAGAUUGCAGGUGGAAAAGAAAGAAUGACAACCUAUUUUAACAACACGGGUUGGCCGGAAAAUGCUCCGAAGAGUGAAGAAGAAAGAAAAGCAUUCGUAGUUUCACUUCACAAGCGAAAGACAGAGUUGUUCUUGGCCCUUAUUGAGAAAAAGUCACUGCCGCUUCGGCCAGGGGUUGCAAAGCUGAUAGAUGAGGCUUUAGCAGAAGGAGUUAAGGUUGCCGUCUGCAGCGCCUCCAAUGAGAAGGCGGUUUCUGCAAUAGUUUCAAUCUUGCUGGGACCAGAACGGGCAGAAAAAAUCAAGAUAUUUGCUGGAGAAGUGGUUCCUCGCAAGAAGCCUGAUCCCGCUAUCUAUUUAUUGGCUGCUAACACUCUCGGCGUUGAUCCUUCAAGUUGUGUAGUAAUUGAGGACAGUGCUAUAGGCCUUGCAGCGGCCAAAGCUGCUGGAAUGAAGUGUGUCAUAACCAAGAGCGGAUACACAGUUGAUGAAGAUUUUCAGAAUGCGGAUGCAGUUUUUGACGUCAUCGGAGAUCCUCCAGAGGAGCGAUUUGACUUGGCAUUCUGCAGAAGCCUUCUCAAGCAAUCUGUGAGCUAGCCUAUACAUUCAGUUUCCGACAGGUUAAUUUCAUUCAAUGCCUGUCUUCAAUCUACAAUCUUUGGAUGGUGAUUACUGAUUAGGGUUUCAGCUAAGAUAAUAAAAGAGUGCUAGCGUGCAUUUGGUAGUAGUCCGGAUCUAUAAGUACAAACCGGCUCUUCUCAAGCAAACUAUGCUUUUGUUUGUGAAUCUCUCGAUGGGGAAUUAUUACAAUUAAUCAUGAUUACCGUUUGAUGAAUA